AUGAACGGGUUCGCAGCACACGGCCUCGACGAAGACGCAUUUGCGGAGAAGUCCGGCCUAACGGGCGGCCUCCGAACUUUUGAUGCCUUCCCCAAAACAAAACCCUCAUAUACCACCCCCUCGCGCCGCGGCGGUCAAUGGACCGUCCUAAUCCUCAUAAUCUGCACCAUCUUCUCAAUAACCGAAUUUCGCACAUGGCUCAAGGGCCAUGAGACGCACCAUUUCACCGUCGAGAAGGGCGUCUCGCACGAUCUCCAGCUGAACUUUGACGCCGUAAUACAUAUGCCUUGCGACGCACUGCAUAUAAAUAUCCAAGAUGCCGCCGGGGACCGCGUGCUCGCGUCGGAAAUGUUGAAGAAGGAGCCGACAAGCUGGAAACUCUGGAUGGAUAAGCGCAAUUAUCACAGCAGCGAGUACCAGACGCUCAGUGACUCCAGGGGAGACGAAGAAAGGGUCGCGGCAAUGGAGGAGGACGUCCAUGCAGGCCAUGUGCUUAACGAGCUGAGGCGCAACGGGAAGCGGAAGUUUGCAAAAGGGCCUAAGCUUCGACGAGGCGAUGUCGUGGACUCAUGUCGGAUUUAUGGCAGUCUGGAGGGAAAUAAAGUCCAAGGGGACUUUCAUAUCACGGCGCGCGGGCAUGGAUAUCGGGAUGGGAGAGAGCAUUUGGAUCAUUCGGCAUUCAACUUCUCCCAUAUUAUCACAGAACUCUCAUUCGGCCCACAUUACCCAUCCUUGCACAACCCCCUCGACAAAACGAUCGCAACCACCGAAUUUCACUACUACAAAUACCAGUACUUCCUUUCCAUUGUGCCAACAAUCUACUCGCGCAACCAAAAUCUGCGGCUUGACGCUCUGCCGUCUUCCUCGUCCGCACGGAGCAACAAAAACCUCAUCUUCACGAACCAGUACGCCGCAACAUCACAGUCCGAUGCCAUCCCAGAAUCCCCCUACGUGAUCCCGGGCAUCUUUUUCAAGUACAAUAUCGAGCCGAUAAUGCUGCUCAUUAGUGAAGAGCGCACGGGUUUCUUGAAUCUGCUUAUUCGCAUUGUGAAUACGGUUUCGGGCGUGCUUGUCACGGGAGGUUGGGUUUAUCAGAUUAUGACCUGGCUUGGGGAGUUAAGAAGGAGGAGGAGGGGUGGGGAGAAGAGCGAAGGAUAUUUGCAUGGGAAGUUGGAGGAGGAGUAG